AUGUCCAAGGUAAAUGAAGCAGGGAAUAGCAACCAGGUACCAUCACAAAGGCAAAAGAAGACAUCCUCUCAAGGCAACACAUCAACUCAGAGAAUUACAAGACAAUCAAGACAGAAACAAGCAUCAUCUUCUACACAAUCAAGGCAAAAACAACUAGUAAGUUGA